AUGUCGCCCGAUAAGAUGGACAUCGAUGCCGUCGAGACCGCCAGCGCGGCUGUCCCGGCUGAUUCGUCUCUUGGGCGCCAGCUCAUCCUGUACCAUCGUCCCCAGAACCGUCGCCAGCCUCAACAGCGACGUGCCAUAGCGUCAGAUGACCGUCGACGCAAGAAACAGAGUUCCAGAAUGCGCCGUCGUAACGCGAUCUCCGGCCCAAGCACCGGCACCGAGGAUUGGUUCGACAUCCCGAAAUCCAUGCUCACACCCGAGGACAAACUCCUUAUCGCAAUCAACCGAAUCCCGACCAUCAUCCAGUUGACCUUCAAGACCGGCUUCUCCUUCCCUGACCUCAGUUUCAUCGACAAGGAGGCCACCAUGAACAUCUGUCGCGUCCUCGCGCUCAAGGGCCAGCUAGCGCAUUUCGAGGGCGACGCCAACCGCAUCAUCGACUUCAUGCGCCUCCUCCUCGACGAGUGCGAGCGAUUCAAGCACAAGUACGAAGCCCACACCCUCACCAGCGAGACCGCGAAGCAGAAGCGCGCUGUGCCGGCCUUCUUUAACAAAGUGGCCGAGCUGGUUUCGAAGAGGCAGAACAUGGUCAAGGGUAAGGGCGUCGCUUCGUGGAUGGACGAAGGUGUCAAGGGUGCUACCUGCGAGGUGAUGCUCAACGCCUUUAUUGGCGCCCGCAAGGCUUACCUGAAGGAUAUGGCCAAGGACGGCGAGGGUGACAACGAUGAUGGUGAUGGCGGUGGUGGGGGUGGUGCUCAGGAGGCUACGUACACGAGAAAGACGCUUGGCCUGAUUAUGGCUCUCGACCAUUGGAUCGCUUUCACGGAGGAAAAGGAGCCCAAGUCUGAGGCUAAGAGACUUGCUUGGGCCAUUGAUCGCUUCGAGAUGUGA